GAUGUCUUGGAGACACUCAGUUUCACUUUCGUAUCAGGAAGACUUUAAUGAACGGCAAAAUCACGAAAUCCGAGCACCUGAAAUACAACGAAUCAUGCCCUUAUGCUUUGCAGAUCGAUCCGGACUAUUAUUUCGGUUUCGUGUAUUUCCGACAAGUGAAAUGUUCCGAUAUUCCAAGAGGCUAUUUCCAGAAAUCAUUAAUUUUACUGACCGAGUUGCCUUUGAUCAAUUUCUUUUCUCAGCUGCUGAACUUCGUGGCCCCAAACUAUUUUCUCCACGGAAAGCCGGUCUUAGAAUCAGUGUUCAGCGAAAUCAGUGCGUGGGAUCCGCCGGUUUCCGGUGUAAUCCUGAAGCUUUUCGUGGCUGGUCACGUAAUUAAGGAAGUGGACAGCAGCCUGACUUUGCCAGCAGUCCAUGAGCCAGAUCUUUUCAAGUACUUUCUUAAAAACUCUACUUAUUUCUUUGUCCGGGCAUUGCUUCCCUGGCUGCCUGAAAUUCAGCUGCUGUGGGAACUAAUUUUUCUCGGUGAGCCAGUUGUCGUCAUGGCUUCUUCACCAACUGUUUGUUCAUCCGUCGUACAGAGUCUCAUCAGCUUGAUUUGGCCUCUGAAGUACGGCUACGAUUACCGACCGUUUUUUACCAUACAGGACAACGAAUUCAAAGAGUACACUUCAAGCAAGCUUGAAAAAUUGCCAAACGUAGUUCUCGGCGUGACCAAUCCGUUUUUUAUCAGACGGUUCGAAAACUGGCCAAAUGUUCUUAGAUUGGUGCAGGGCGAACAGAAUGCUGUACAUAGUAAGUACUUAAGUACAUUGUAUUUAUAUUUCAGGAACGUCAACAGCACGGGUUCGUUUGUUGGAUGUGAAUGCAGAGCUUCACAAAAUUGAGU